GCACAAACGUGGCGAACAAUAAGUAUAUUAUUCGCCUGUUUAUAAAAAGUAAAACACCUCAUAUGUCAAGAACCUGGUCUUCAUUGCGUCCAGGUUCAUUCUCCUCUCGAUCCAAUGCAAAUAGUAUCACAAUCAUCGUCUCUCUUCCCUCUUUCAGCUAACUAAAUCUCUCUCUCUCUCUCUCUCUCUGUGUAAACUAAGAGUACAGACAAAUAGAGUGGAGAGGCUCGGAGGUUUUGGUGAGAGAAAAAGAAACAAGAUGAUGAAAGGCAAGUUGAGUACGAUGAAGAUGAGCUUCCCAAGAAAAGAAGAGACAGAACAAGAGCUUUAUCAUGUUAUUCACAAACUACCUUCUGGUGACAGUCCUUAUGUCAGAGCCAAGCAUCUUCAAUUGGUAGAAAAAGAUCCAGAGGGUGCAAUUGUGUUGUUCUGGAAAGCCAUAAAUUGCGGGGAUAGAGUAGAUAGCGCGCUCAAAGACAUGGCAUUGGUUAUGAAACAACAAGAUAGGGCGGAAGAAGCAAUUGAAGCUAUCAAAUCUUUCAGGCAGCUCUGUUCUAAACAAACCCAAGAAUCAUUAGACAAUGUGCUGAUUGACUUAUAUAAGAAAUGUGGGAAAUUAGAGGAGCAGAUUGAAAUGCUAAAGCAGAAACUUCGGAUGAUUUACCAAGGAGAAGCUUUUAACGGAAAACCUACUAAAACAGCUCGUUCCCAUGGACGAAAAUUCCAGGUGACAAUCAAGCAAGAGACAUCCAGAAUACUGGGAAACUUAGGAUGGGCUUACAUGCAACAAAAGAACUACCCGGCUGCAGAGGUAGUAUACCGGAAAGCACAGGAGAUAGACCCAGAUGCCAAUAAAGCUUGUAAUUUGUCCCUAUGCCUAAGCAAGCAAGAACGAUAUCCAGAGGCUAAGCAUAUUCUUGAUGAAAUAUUACAAGGUAAGCUCAUAGGAUCUGAUGACCUGAAGUCAAUAAAUCGUGCUAAAGAACUACUGAAGGAGUUAGAGCCAUGGCAGUUCGUGCCAUCACCACUGUUAUGUGCAGAAAUAAGUUUGGAGGAUGCUUUUCUAGAGGGUCUCGACCAGUUAAUCAGCAAGAGAACACAGUUUAGAUCAAGAAGGCUUCCAAUAUUUGAGGAAAUAUCAGCAAAUAGAGAUCAACUCGCAUGCUGAUCUUUCACUCAGAUUUCCACUUUUCAGAGGAUAUGAGUAUGUACAUUUUUGUUUGAAAAUAAGGUUUUUGAUAGUAAUUGCGCUAUUACCUCCUCUGUAUAUAUAGAUAAUAGUAACUGCGCUAUUACCUCCUCUGUAUAUAUGGAUAAACCUCCGAUGUAGGGUGUUGCUGUUCACCUAAUGGGGCUUUUUUGCGAGAUCAAUAAAAAAUCCGGAUGAGAUUAUCUUUUGUCUA